AUGCGACAUAUUUUCCAAAGCACUCUUAGCUAUUCUUUUCUCUUUUACACUAGAGCUUUAGAACUUUCUGCUAAAUUAGCUCCAUAUCACUCUGACACAGUUUAUUUAGAAUUGAAGAAGUUUUUAAGAGGAAGAAUUGAAGAUUUGAGAUUAGAAACAAAGAUUCGUGAGAACUUGUGUAGGUUUUGUUUAUUGAGAAAAGAUUUUGUAUCAAAGUUUGACGAGGUUCCUACACUGAACUACUACUGCUAUUUAUAUUAUUUUGGAUUGGGAAAAUUAUAUGACUGGGGUCAGAUAAUCGAUCCUAUCUGA